AUGACAACUGUAGACAGAAAUAAGGAAAAUGGAUUUAAAAUGUCAAAGCUGUGCAAAUUUUGUGACGUUGAAGUAACAACGUGCUCAAACCAACAUCAGUGCAAGAGCAACUGCAGCAUCACUUCUAUCUGUGAGAUGAAUAGUGAAGUCUGUGUCGCUAUAUGGCGACAGAAUGAUGAAAAUGUGACAUUAGAAACAAUAUGCCAUGAUCCUCAGAAAACACUGUAUGGUCACAUGUUGGAUGUCUCCAGCUCAGAUGACUGUUUGAUGAGGGAAAAGAAGGGAGAUGGGGGACUGAUGUUCAUGUGUUCCUGUACAGGUGACGAAUGCAACGAUAGACUCAUUUUCUCAUCAGAUGACCCCCAUAAGCCAGAGGAGAAAGAUGAAAUUUCGAAAGUCACAAUCAUAAGUCUUGUCCCAUUACUGGUGAUUUCUGUUGCCGUGAUUGUUAUCUUUUAUGCCUACCGUACUCAUAAGAAGAGGAAACUCAACAAGGCAUGGGAGAAGAAUGUUAAGCCUAGGAAACAUAAGGAUUGCAGUGAUGUUUGUGCCAUUAUGUUAGAUGAUGACCGCUCAGACAUCAGCUCUACCUGUGCUAACAACAUCAACCACAACACAGAAUUGCUGCCCAUUGAAUUGGACGUUGUCGUUGGCAAAGGAAGGUUUGCUGAAGUGUAUAAAGCCAAAUUGAAACAAAACACUUCAGAGCAGUAUGAAACUGUGGCAGUCAAGAUCUUCCCCUAUGAAGAAUAUGCCUCUUGGAAAACUGAGAAAGACAUUUUUUCAGACGUAAACCUCAAGCAUGAGAACAUCCUCCAAUUCUUGACAGCAGAGGAGCGUAAGACAGAUCUUGGUAAACAGUAUUGGUUAAUCACCGCCUUCCAUGCUAGAGGCAAUUUGCAGGAAUAUCUCACACGGCACAUUAUCAGCUGGGAGGACCUCUGGAAACUGGGUGGGUCCUUGGCCCGAGGGAUUGCCCAUCUGCAUAGUGAUCACACACCCUGUGGUCGCCCCAAAACACCCAUUGUGCACAGAGACCUAAAGAGUUCCAACAUCCUGGUGAAAAAUGAUUUAACCUGCUGUCUCUGUGACUUUGGGUUAUCCCUGAGACUGGACCCUUCUCUGUCUGUGGAUGACUUGGCUAACAGUGGGCAGGUUGGCACAGCAAGGUACAUGGCCCCUGAGGUUCUGGAGUCCAGGAUGAACCUGGAGAACGUGGAGUCCUUCAAGCAAACAGAUGUGUACUCCAUGGCUUUGGUCCUCUGGGAAAUGACAUCUCGCUGUAAUGGCAUCGGAGAAGUGAAAGAGUACGAGCCCCCGUUUGGCUCUAAAGUGCGAGAACACCCGUGCGUGGAAAGCAUGAAGGACAAUGUCCUAAGAGACAGAGGGCGACCAGAGAUCCCCNUCUCUCUGUGCUCUCUGCAGGGCAUCCAGAUGGUGUGUGAAACUCUUAUUGAGUGCUGGGACCACGACCCCGAGGCCCGGCUCACAGCACAGUGCGUCGCCGAGCGCUUCAGUGAGCUCAAACACCACGACAAGCUCUCGGGAAGAAGCUGUUCGGAGGAGAAGAUCCCUGAAGAUGGCUCUGUGACCACUGCCAAGUAGCGUGAACCUGAGAGCUCCAAAAUGGAGAGAAGUCGCUCCUAGAACGUUCACCUUGGCAAAGGAAGAAGUCUCGUUCGAUGCCUUGACUUGCUUCCUGGAGGACUGAGGCUGUCACUACUCCCUUUAGGCUCCAGCUCUGGACAGGGAGAUGUACUCAUGGGAAUGAAGAGCCAGGGAGUAAGUGUCAUACUCUAGCAUUGGCUGCCAGCAUCAUGCCGUAGGAGGAGCUACGUAUGUUAGCACUUCCUCAGGAAAUAAGAUUUCAAAAUAGCCAAUAACAUUAUGCACUUUAUUAAUGCCUGUAUAUAACUAUGAAAAUGCUAUUUUUAUAUAUAUACAUAUAC